AUGGCCGCGAACAUGCAGCACAUGGCGGGAGCGGCGGGGAUGAUGCAGCAACAGCGUCCCCGGCCCUCCCCAAUUCAGUUGAACCAAUUUCUCUACCAGACGAUGCUGGCCCAGCAGCAGAUUCACUCGGGCUGGCAGGCUGGCGUCGCGAUCCAAGAGCGCAUGAUCAAAUGCCAUAACCUAAUCACCAACAUCGGACUCGCAGUCGCCAACAUAGACUUUAUGAAGGCUGCAGAGGUUGGCGUCAACUUCGAGCGAGAAGCCUUCAACAAGUCGGCCGACAAGGCCUCGUACGAAGCGCAAAUGAGCAACAAGACGAACGAGUUUUUCCGUCGACGACAGGUCGCUGAGCAGAGCAUGAGCAACAACAUGCAGCAGGCCCAGGCGGCGGCCCAGGCUCAGCAACAGCUGAUGAUGAAUCAGAACAACGCUAUGCAGAACCAGAUGGGUCGCGGUAUGGGGCAGAACCCGCAGCAAGGUUUUCAGCACCUUCAGCACCAAAUGCAGGCCUCCCAGCUACAACAACAGCAACAAGCGCAGAUGGGCAUCAACAUGGGCAACCAGGGUGGUCAGCCCAUCGGGCCCAACCAGCAAAUGUUCCAGAUGCCAGGUGGCGCACAGCAACGGCCCCAAAACGGUAUUCCCAGCGACCAAUCCAACCUGAGCCCAGCCGACCAGCAAAAGGUUGUCGAGCUUGCACAAAAGCUCAUGGCUUCCUGCCCCGAAUCCCAGAAGAACCAUUACCGGCAGAUCGUUCAGACACGUUUCGCCCAACGUUGCCAGGAGUACUCUGCGUCGGGCAAAGAUCCCGUUCUCAUUUGGUUCCAGCAUCAGGCAUUCCAAGGCCUGACCAAGAACAUUGCGAUGCAGAGGCAGCGUGCACAGCAGGGCAUGCCCCCGAAUAUGAACCCAGCCCAGGCCGCGUUGAUGCAGGCUGGCCGAGGGCAGAUGAACCCCGCCAUGAUGAACGCCGCCGGCAUGCAGGGUUACAACGGCGAGUCUGGUCAGUUCAACACGAUGGAGAGCAUUAUGAACCAGCAAAAGGCCGGCAUCCUGGCUCAAGCAGAAGGCCAGAUGGUUGUUCCCGCCAGCAACGGCCCGGCUCGCAACGCGACGCCUCAACCUACCGCCGGGCCCCAAGGCAUGCCGAACCAGGCUGGUCCCAACCAGACGCCCCGGCCACCUCAGGCCCAGCAGCAAUUGAGCAUGCAACAGGCACAGCAGUUGAAGAUGGAACAGCAGCAAUCUCAACACGCCGCUCAAAUGCGGGCGCAACAGCAGGCCAGACAACUACAAGGACAGCCGAACGGUCUCGGCGGCGCGCCUCCAUCGCAGAGCCCCGGCAUGAACACGUUGAACACUCCCAUGCGUCGACCUCCCAGCGCCAUGAACCCCAUGGACGGCCAAGGUGGAAACGGUCCAUUCGCCAACACUCUGGGUGACCCGCGGUUCAACCAGGGUAACCAACGUCCUAUGGGCGUUGGUGCUAUGGCUAACAACCCAAUCUACAACAGCAUGAUGUCCAACAUGAAUGCGGAGCAAAGAUCAGCUAUCCAGCAACUUCCACAGGACAAGCUCCAUGAGGUCAUGGGCAAGUGGCAGGAACAACAACAGCGGACCCGCCAGAUGAACGCCAUGAACCCUGCCAUGCAGAGGGCCGGCCAACCCGGCGGCUUCAACAUGCCGAAUGGACAGUACGGCAUGAUGCAACAACAGCCGGCACAGGGUGCACCCAACCCGCAGCUCAUCGCUCAGCAGCAGCAAAUGUUGGCCAGGCUUAGGAACCAGGGGACGCCUCUGGCACCAGCGCACCAGGUGAUGAUGGAUGGUUUGGAUCUCCCUCCUCCAGUGCUCGCUCAGAUUGGUACCCAGCUCCGCGCCCCUCCCGAGGUUCGCAAAUGGAAGGAUCUCAGGGCCUGGCUCACACAAAAUCCCAUUGCGCCUCAAGUCCAGACACAACUUGAGAGGGUCCAAAGGCAGCAGUUCGCGCAGUUUAUGCAGAGACAGAUGGAGAGGAGGAACCAGGCCGCGCAAGCCCAAGCACAGGCGCAACAGCAGCAACAGCAACCCCAGCAGCAACAGCAGCAACAGCAACCUCAACCCCAACUGCAACAGAACCCUCAGCAGCUCCAACAGCAGCCUCAACAGCAGCAGCUCCAGCAGCAGCAGAUGAACGGCAUGCAGCCUGGCAACCCUGGCCUCAAUCAGCAGGCUCCUGGCCAGAUGAGCAUACCCGCCAGUAUGCUCGCCCAAAUGCCCCAGGUCCAGGUCACACCCCACGACAUCAUGAACGCCCGCAAGGCGAACCCUAAGGUGGCGAGCCUGACGGAUGACCAACUCCGGGCGUUCAUCGUCCAGAUCAAGCAACGCCAGAUGGCUGCCGCUAUGCAAAAGGAAAUGGCCAUGAGGAUGCAGCAGGGUGGCCAAGGGCAGCCGGGCGCGCCAGUUUCCGCUCCUCAGCCUCCGCAACCCGCAAUGGCACAAGCCGGCGUUCCUCAGCCGAACCCCACGCCCACACCUACCCAGCCGACGCAGCAUGCUCCGCCGAAGCAGCCGAGCGCCACGCCGGAUCCGAAGACUGUUGCCAACGCCGCUCGGCCACCAAACAACAACCGCCCAGCGCCGACGAACCAGCAGCAGCCCCCGAACCCCUCGCCGGCAACGGCGCAGAAGAACCUGAAGCGCCCCAGCACUGAUGACGCUCCCGAUGUUCCUCAAACCGCCGCUCAGCCCCAGCGACCGGCAAUGCCCCGACAAAUACCGACCCUCACUCCUGAGCAGAUUGCAAACUUGAGUCCCGAGCAGCGGGCCAAGUAUGAGCAGAUGAAGGCUCGUCAGCAGGCCAUGGCAGCCGCUGGAGCCGCGGGCAUGGAAAACGACUUUGAGAAGCUGCGACGAAUUGGCCAGGAGGAACAGAAGGCCAUGAUGACGGAGAACAUGCCCGACAUCCCGAUGAACCCGAAUGAACGAGCGGAAACGGCACAGCUGCUGAUUAGACUGGUGCACGACAUGGGCAAGAUUGGCAAGGCCUUGGGCAGGUGGUACGCGGCCACUCGAGACGACGCCCGCGCGAGGGCCUACUUUAGAGCUCGCAUUCGUAUGAUUAAGCAGUUCGAGGACGGAGAAACCAUGUUGAACCCCAAGGCGGUGUUCAGCAUCCGGCCCGCCGAGAUCAACGAGGUCAGGCGCCUACUUGAGACCAUGGCGCGAGACUGCGCCAACUUCCAGAAGAAGGGUGCCGCGCCGCCUCAACAGCAAGGCGGACAAGCUGCACCAAACCAGGCAAACGCUACACCCACACAGGGUGGACAGCCUGCUCCGUUGAGUGCCGCGAACCUGGAGAAGCAGACGCAGGCGCUGAACAAGAUGCACAGUCGAUCCAACAGCAAAAGCGGCGGGCCACCGGCGGCACCGACCACGAGCCAGCCCCCGUUCUCGUUCGGCGCGACGUCUCCCCACGGGCAACCUACCUACGCACAGCCAAAGCCCAAGGUCAGCAGGGACAACCUCACACUUCCGCCGAGGAAGAAGACCAAGACCGACACACCACCGCAGCCGAGCCAAGCAACGCCGUCGCCACAGAUCAGCAAGUCCGGCUCACCGGAGCUCAAACGACAGCCGGCGCCGGAGCCCAAGGCGCCGCCCAAGCCCAUGUUUUUGUGCCCGGAGGCGGACUGCGAGAUGGCCACGACCGGUCUCCCGUCGGAGCAGGCACGACAGGCCCACAUUCAGGAGGAGCACGUCAAGCCCUUGGAGGACCCGAUGAAGUUCAUGCAAGAGAAUCUGGCCCUUUCGCUGGGCCUAGAUGUCAACGGCCAGGUCAAGAUGGAGCCUCAGGCGCAGCUCAUGGGACAGAACCCGUCCAAGCAGGGUCAGACUCCGGGAAGCAACCCGGCAGCCACGCCCAUGUCCCGCGACGCUUCCAUGCAACGUACCGGCAGCAAGGUGGGCGGCAAGCAGGACACGAAGCCUGUCAUCAAGAUGGACGGCACGCCGAAGCUGGAGAACAAGCAGCCCGAGAUGGGCGGCGCCCCGCCCGCGCCCAUGGAUGCUUGGGCCAACACCAUCGACCCUGCGAGCCUGUUUACCAACCUCGGCAAUUUUGAGAUGGGUGCCGGCGGCGUCAUCAGCGAUAUGGGUGUGUACCGGUCGCUGACGCCGAACGACACGCCCGAGUCGAGCAAGGACAGCGGAUCGUCGGAGCCCAACAGCGACAUUUCGGAGAACGCCAACUUGGAUAUCGACCUCAACUGGCAGCCUGUUGACGUCGACCUGCUCCUGGACAUGAACAACAUCAACAUGGACGGCGGUCUCGACAGUUUCCCCAACGGUAGCGGCGAGUUCGGUGCGUUGAUGCUCGAGGAGGCGAUGCCGGUGGAGCAGUUCCCCAACUGGGACGAGGUCAACCCCGAUUUUAACAAGCCGUUCCAAUUCGACAACAGCUUGUAUUCCUUGGACGUUUCCGGAUCGUCAUGA